CUGCGCUCUACUUCCCUUCCGUCUGCGCUGAAGAUGUGUUCGAUCUGCGCUCUUCUUCCCUUUCAUCUUCAAUCGGCCGCACGUCAAUCUUCCCGCCAGUACUUUACUUGUGUAGAAUGAAUGUUGAAGUUAGACGGUCAUGUCUAAUUAUUGCAUUAGAAGAGCUGAGAUCAUUACUAGAAGAUGAUGAACAAAAGAAGACCAUGAUACCAAUGAGAGUAUGUGGAGAAACGGGAGGUGAAUAUAUACAUAGAAUGUUGAGUGGUCAUCCUGGAUUGUGUAAAGAGCAAUUAAGGUUGACACGAGAAAUGAUCAUCCACCUUGUGAAUAUUAUGGUUGAAAGAAAUUUAUUGAAAGACAGCAGGUUCAUUCAUGUGGCAUAGCAAAUUGGAAUUGGUCUCUAUAUAUUGGCCAAGGGAGCUUCUUACACAAAUGCAGCUGAUGUUUUUAAGCAUUCUUUGAGAACUAAUUGCAAAUAUUUCAAUCUAGUAUUGCAUGCCUUGGUUGAGUUAUCUUUUGACAUAAUUUGACCACAUCACAAUUUGUUGGACGUCCACACCGUAGUUCGUAACAGUUCCUUAUAUUGACUGUAUUUCAAGGUAUACUUAUGAAUUAUUCAA